AUGGACGCCAUGAGGAGUGGUGAACGAGAGAAUUUUGAUGAUUCCUUUGUGGAGGAUAUUCUCCACAGUCGAUCACUGCGGAACCAGCUAGAGACGCCGCUCAUCAAGAACAGCACGAAGAACAUUUCUGCGUUUGCGGCAGCUGCACCACAGGAGGCUGAAAACUCCCCCGAUGCUGCGAGCUCUGGCCGUCAGAAGUCUCCCAGGGUGUCAGGCAGCGGAGAGAGCGAAUCCUCGUUACGCGGCUCUCGAAGGGUUCUUCAGUCUCUUUUUGGUUAUGCUCUUAUAUUUAUAAACUUUACCUUUAUUAUGGCGUCUAUGCUGCUUGUCAUGUCCGGUAUUGUUGCUCGUCAGAACGCAGCGGUUCGUCUCUGUGAACCGUGUGGUCAAAUUGCGAUGUCUGCCCUUGUUUUUGGGAUUAUUCUUUGUCUUUUUACCAUCCUUGGGUUUAUGUGGAUACGCCAGCGGCAAAUGAUGUUUUUGCUGGUAUAUGUUGGUUAUCUUGUUGUGUUAUUUAUAGCCCUAUUUGCACUUAUUAUAGCAGCUGCUGUCUAUGAUCGGGACACACGGGUUUCCGUGAUGGAUCCCAGCAAGUUUUUGGACGCAUGGAAGCGCGGCGUCAAUAAUACAAAGACAGGUCGAAACCAUGAUAUUUGUUUACUACAAGAGCGUUUCAAUUGCUCCGGCUUUCGUGACGGUUGCUGCGUUGCCGGGGUAUGCUACGAUGCAAUUGACCCACCUGAGUGGGUUGAUGCUGUCUGUCCCUUGUGUCCAUCCUUCCCUCCCAUGUCUCCGGUAGUCUGCACUGACGUUGUUUACUCCACAGUGCGGAAGAACUUGAGUGGAUUUUUGGUAAUCAGCAUUUUUUCAAUGGUGCUUGUAGUUGUAGGAAUCCUUUUUGCGUUACUUUCAAGGAGCGCAAACCGCUUGAUGAUGUCUGGCGGAGUGUGA